AUGAAGAGAAUAAAUAAUAUGGAAGUAAGUGAUUCUUAUCUCACACCGAGUAAAGUGAUGCUCGUUGAAUCUUCAACUGGAGUAAAUUUAGUCAAUAGAUAUGCAGCGACAAAAUCAUCACCGCAAGAUUUAAUUGCGCUGGCAAUGGAAAUUGAGAAAGCAGACAAUUUCGUGAAAGCAAAUGCGAAAAAUAAAUUACAUGUAAUUGCUGAACAAAUGAGAUUUUUAAAAAAUCAAGCUCAGAAAGUAUUAAUUGAAGCUAAAGAAAAUGAUAUGUUACACCACGCUGCUUGUAAUUUUGUAAAGCACCCAGGAAAUAUUUAUCACUUGUACGAAAAACCAUCAGGACAAUUUUAUUUUUCAAUGCUGAGUCCUGAGGAAUGGGGCGACGGAGCACCAUUGCAAGUCUAUAAAGGUUCAUACAGACUAGAACAUGAUCAAUCUUGGACGCCAGUGUCUCAAAUAAAAGCUAAGGAUGCUGAAUUGAAUGUAUUUGAUAAAUUUUUAUUUAAAAAUCAAACACUGCCAUUAAAUUCUCUUGAAGUAAUGAGCAUCGAUUACUAA